AUGCCAGUGAAACUAGCAGCGCAAAUAUUCAGUAAUCACUGUGCUGUUGCAAUGUUUGCCAUGGUAACUUUCCAGCAACUGCCAGUUGAAGCUAUCCACACGGCCCGGUUUAUUGAAAAAAUGGAUCGUCUUUUUGAUAGCUUGAAAAGCUCACAGAAACGCGGGAAGAGUGCAUAUGUGUCCACAAUGCAUGAAGGCUCUGUUCACAAGGAGUUUCUGAAAGAAUGCCUUCUUAUGUUCGAAAACCUUACCGUUCUUGGGUGCCCACGGCAGCCUGCUUGCCUUCGCGGUUUCUCCUUGACCAUUCGGUCUAUUAUGCUGAUUUAUGAGCACCUGACAUCUGAGUAUGGUUUCAGAUACCUUCCGACUCGCCAUCUCAACCAAGAUGCACUCGAGAACACAUUAUCCGUAAUAAGGUCAAAGUCUGGUGCGAACGCCAAUUCCUCUUGCCGGCAGUUUCAGGCAGCCUUUGGGCAUCUCCUAGUUAGCAACUUGUUUAAACUGUCUGACAAGAGCAACUGCGAAGAGGACAUAGCAACUCUUUUAGCGGCUCUUCCGGUUGGUCUCUCAGCUCCCUUAGCUUCUCUUAGUCUCGGAAGCUCACUUCCACAAUGUGCAGCUGACCGCAGAUCCUGUAGUUAUCCCUCUUUACUAUCACUUAACAACAUUGUUUACUUUGCUGGAUGGCUUGUAACAAGGUUUGUCAAAUAUCAUACAGGUCAAAACGUGACUCAGCAAUGUGAAUUUCAAAUCAAGAAUGCCACUUUUUCUGAUGACAGCCAAGUGUUGUUGUACUUGAGUGUGAAAGGAACGGCUGAAGGAGACUUUGGAAGCCUCUCGAUCCCUUCACCUUGCUUUGUUUCCUUCGUUCAAGCUUGUGAGAAGGUUUUUGUGGCGUCAAUCGACAGUCUUGUUUUAAAAGAAGGCGUUGGGAAGGCGUUGUGCAUCACUCUUCAUGAGAAGGUCGAAAAGCUGCAGACUCUCCGCAGUGAGGAUGUCUAUGCCGAUUUAUUUGCUUUGUUUGCAAGGGUGAGGCUUCAUUGGUUCGCCCGUAAAAAGAAUACUGAGCUCCUUGAUGCAGCUCCGAGACGCAAAACCAAGCAACAAGUCCAGAGGCUGUGCAGAUGAGACACCGCUUGCGUUAUGCCCACAGGAAGUCCCUUUAGUUCCUCUUACGUGUUGCAUUCAACGAUCACGCUGGCAUACUGGAUUGUGUAGACACCCUGUGCAUUAUUGAGGAGUGUGUGAGA